AUGUUUAAUAGAAGUUUAUCAAGAUCUAAAACUAUAAAUCGUUCACAGAUAUCUGAUCCAAAGAUGAUAUCAACUAGUUCUGCAAUAAAUUCAUCUCAAAAAAAUAAUCAAUCAUCUAAUUCACCAAAAUUAAUUAAACAAUCAUCAUUUAGUUCAAUUUAUACUUCCAAUAAUAAUAACAUUGAAAAAUCUUCAAUCCCAAGAACAACUCCAAGUACAACUGCAGUGAUUUUAAUUACAAAAUUUGAUUUUAAAUCUGAACAUAGUAAUGAAUUAACAGUUGGUGUUGGUGAAGCUUUAAAAUUAAUUGAAAGAAAAGGUAAUGGAUGGAUUCUUGUUAAACCAAUUGGUAGAAUUUCUCAACCUGGGUUAAUUCCUGCAUCUUAUGUUCGAAUUGUUAGAUUAGGAAAUUUAAUGGAUGAAAAUGUUGAUAAUAAAUUUAAUCAAGAUUGGUUAGCUUCAGCAGGUCCAUUAGAAGAUCCUUUAGUUCCAAGUACACCAAUUACUAAAGAAGAUCCAGAAGAUCCAAAAUCAUCAAUUCCAAGUAAUAUAAUCCCACCAAAACAAUCAAUUUCAAGAUCAUCAACACAAUCUGAUCAAGAACAACAUUUUUCAUUUCAAUCAUCAAGUUCAAAUUCAUCAUCAAGACCAUCUUCACCAAAUUCAAUUACUUCAACUUCAUCAAAUUUAACAAAUCAAAAAACUUUACAAGAACCAGCAUCAUCAUCAUCAUCACAAGUUCAAGAUGUGAUACCAAUUUCUGCAUUAGUUAAAAAUGUUUCAUGUUAUAAUGGAAGAUAUUGGUAUAGAAUUGAUGUUCAAUUAAAUAAUGGUAAAAAAAGACAUUUAUGUCGGUAUUAUCAAGAUUUUUAUAAAUUACAUUGUAUGAUUGUGGAAAAAUUAAGAAAUGAUUCAAUACCUGAAUCAAUUCAAGAUGAAAAUUGCUCCAAAUUACCAAAUUUACCAGAUCCAAUUCCAAGACCAGAUUUAGAAACUUUAUCAUCAAUUUUAUUACAAAGAGUUCAAUCAUUAAAUGUUUAUAUAUUUAAAAUUGUUCAAAAUAAAUUUAAAUUAAGUUAUUAUGAUAUUUUACAAAAAUGGUGUUUACCCAAGAUUGGUGAUUUAGAAUCUGAUCCAUCAAAUCCAAUAUCAAAUGAAGCUGUGGAAACUCUUUUACAACCAAUUCCAAUAGGAUUAAAUAAAAAUGGUUCAAAACCUUCAUUAAAAAUUCAAACUUCAGUAACACCUCCAUUACCAGUACCUGAAUUACCACCAAAUUCAUUUUUAUCCAAAAAUAAUUCCAUAACAUCUAUAUCACCAUUAUCAUCACCAAUUUCUCAAUCAAUACCAGUUUGGUCAUCACCAACAACAAGUACAAGAAGUAGAUCAGAUUCAAUUAGUGGGACACCAAGAACAUCAAAUGUUAAGAAAUCAUCAAUUUCAAGUAAUACAACUACAAGUAGGAAACAGUCAUUAAAUGAUGAUCAUGAUAAUUGGUUAUCAUCACCAACAGAACCAUUAUUUAUGAAUAAAGAUUCAAGAGAUAAAUUUGUUAAUAAAAGAAAUGAAUCAAUAAGUUCAUUAAACUCAUCAAAUUCUUCAAAUUCUAAUGAACAACAAGCUUUACAACAACAACAACAGCCAGAGGUUAUCAAGAUUAAAAUAUAUUAUAAUAAUGAUAUAUUUGCAUUAAAAUUUGAUAAAAAAGGAUCAAAUUUAAAAGAUUUAAAAAAAUCUAUAUCAAAAAGAUUAGAAUGUGAAUUAAAUUCAAUAAAACUAUAUUAUAAAAAUUCUUCAAAAAAUUAUUUUAGUCCAUUAGUUGAUGAAUUUGAUUUACAUGUUGCAAUGGGUCAAUCAAAAGUUAGUAUUAAAGUUCAUCUAUGGUGA